GCAAAACAGCACAAAUAAAAAAAAAAUACACAAAGAAAAUCAAGCUGCUCCUGCUAUGAAUAAAGAUGAAUCAAAGGGAAGGACCAACAAUGACGGCGGAAAUGUCCGGUAUCGAGGCGUCCGAUGCCGACCGUGGGGGAAGUUUGCGGCCGAGAUUCGCGACUCGAACAGGCAGGGGCAGAGGGUGUGGCUAGGAACAUUCAACACUGCUGAGGAAGCUGCUAGAGCUUAUGAUAGAGCUGCUUAUAACAUGAGAGGUUCAUUUGCAAUCCUUAAUUUCCCACAUGAAUAUAACAUGUCGGCGGGCGCGGGUACGGGUUCGGGUUCCGGUGCCACUUCUUCUUCCUCUUCAAGGAAUGCAAAUGUGGAUGGCAGAGGAAGACAAGUGUUUGAAUUUGAGUACUUGGAUGAUAAGUUGUUGGAGGAGCUUCUUGAUUUUGAAGAGAAGAAAAAAUAAGGGACAUUGAAAACUGAAAAGCUGGUACUAUAAUGUUAAAGUCUAAAUCAUAACUAAGUUUCUGAAUAUUGGUGGAAAUUAAUAUUCAUGUGAUAUUUAACUAGUAAGAGUGCAUUAUUGAUUGAGGGAGUUAAUGGAUCAAGCAUUGAUCUCAUUGUUGUUUUGGGUUGUAACUUGUAACUUUGUUUCUAGACUCUGUUUCCUCUGUAUGCAGAAUCCGCAGAUAAUAUAUAGCUGUUGGUUUCUACUAUUUCUCAAAAACAACUGUGGUAAGAAACAUGUACAUCAUUUAUUACUUCCUCAUUCUUUCCGUCUUAUUGCACGUGUCUCAAUUUUCCGGACGGGGCCACAAAAUCUAGACAACAAAGGUGACCAAUCAUGUUUCUUUUGUAUCUUACUUAAAGUC